CUUUGAUAUCAUCAGGCACACCUUCACUCAUAUUAUUAAAGGGAGCGUCCUCGACCAUCUGUCUUAGCGCAUUUACCCGCUCCAAAUAGUUCUUUAUCGCAGUGUAUGAGCGGGCGGGACGAAGUUUGUAACCGGCUAUCGAUCACCGAGACUAUGUCCGACGUGCCUGCACCCGUUGCAGAGGGAAGCGCAUCUCGCCCAAGGCCAUCGAGACGUGGAGGCCGAGGCCGUGGCAAUCGCAAUCACCGACGCCCUCAGACGCAAACCACAGAACGAUCUCAGGAUCCACAACCGUCUACUCAGCAGUCGUCACAAGCUCAAUCUACCCAGAAUUCACCGUUAGAUCCUUCCACCGAUGCACCACGCUCUCGCAGAGGACCACGGAGGGGAAGAGGGGGAGGUCGGGGUGGCGGUGCACCCUCGGAGGGUACUAGUCGUCGACAGAGACAACGAGGCGGAGACCGAGGGACAACCAGUACGGGCAGACGGUUCGAGGGACGUUUAACGAAACCAGAACAGGCUCCGGAGGACGAACAGGUUGAUACAGCAGUGGGUGCGAAUGAUCCAGGAUUGAGGGCCGAUGCGCCUGCAUUUGUGCCAGGAACACAGCCAGAACAUGCCCCCAACGAGCCCACUCCCUCGACUACUUCUGCACCCACAAAGAAGAAGCCUAAAGCUAAGAAUACCCCGCCUCCGCCGCCCAAAGUUACGACAAAGUCAAUUGCGCCCGAUAUCGCCACUCGCAUUCAUGAGGAUAUUGCCCAUAACCUUUAUGAGUGUCCUAUUUGUACCGGAGAGCUGGGGAGGAGAUCGCGUGUCUGGAACUGUGGGUUAUGUUGGACGGUCUUCCAUUUAAGUUGUGUCAAGAAAUGGUCGAAAAACGAAGGUGCUGCUGCGCAGGACGCUGCCCGUCGCCAAGGAGAAGGAGACCCGACUACACCUCGAGCCUGGCGCUGUCCUGGCUGUAACCUUCCCCAAGAAGUGUUUCCAUCAAGUUACACUUGCUGGUGUGAAAAAGAAGUUGACCCGCGGGCGCUUCCUGGUCUUCCACCACAUUCAUGCGGACAGACCUGUGCACGACAGCGUAAAGGCUGUCCGCAUCCGUGCGAUGCGACCUGUCAUGCUGGGCCCUGCGCACCAUGUACAGCUAUGGGCCCUACUCAAGAUUGCUUUUGCGGUAGAAAUUCGUCCACCAAGCGUUGCCAGGAUACCGAUUAUGAAAAUGGAUGGAGCUGCGGGGAAACUUGUGGGGAUCUUCUGCCGUGCGGCGAACAUACUUGCCCUCGGCCAUGCCACGAGGGUCUCUGUGGUGACUGCGAGGAGAGGAUAGAGGCUCGCUGCUACUGUGGAAAAGUACAGACGGAGAUGAUGUGUAGUUCAAAGGACGAGGAAAUGGACAGUCAAAUGCUGCACGAUAAGGAUGGUGAGAAGAGUCAUGUUGAGGAUUGGACUGGUUGUUUUAAUUGCGGAGACCAAUGCAAUCGCCCCUUCGAUUGUGGCGUUCACUUCUGCCAGAAGGGUUGUCAUCCACAGGAUAUACACUCUGCCCACUGUCCAAGGUCACCAGACGUCGUGCUUCAUUGCCCUUGUGGUAAAACGCCAUUGACCGAAAUACCUGGAUAUACUCCCCGAAACUCUUGUGAGGACCCGAUUCCCAACUGCUUGGAGGCUUGUGGAAAAAUUCUACCAUGUGGACAUUCAUGCGACAAGGUCUGUCACAUCGGUUCUUGUGGGCCUUGUUUCCGCACAGUCCCCGUGACGUGCCGUUGCGGACGCAACUCUUUUAUGUCCAUUUGCCACCAAGGUACUCUGGUGCACCCUCAGUGUUUCCGCAUCUGCAAGGCCGGCUUGCAUUGUGGUCGCCAUGCGUGUGCUGAGCGGUGUUGUCCCGGUGAACAGAAGGCGGUUGAGCGUCAGGCUCUGCGGCGAAAGCUCAAGUCUCAUCUUCGCCCAAGUGAUGAAGAUGUGGAGGCCGAACAUAUUUGCACUCGGGUGUGUGGCCGCAUGCUGAAAUGUGGGCGGCAUACAUGCCCCGAACUCUGUCAUAAAGGACCCUGCAACACCUGUAGAGAGGCUGUCUUCGAGGAGGUCUCGUGUAAUUGUGGUCGAUCUGUUUUGUAUCCGCCUUUACCUUGUGGGAUCCAGCCGCCGCCAUGCUCUGCCCCGUGCGAACGCCCGAAAUCGUGCGGUCAUCCCCAGACACCACACAACUGUCACACGGAUGAAGAGGAGUGUCCCAAAUGCCCCUAUUUAACCGAGAAGAUGUGUUUGUGUGGAAAACAAAUGUUGAAGAACGUGCCCUGUUGGCUGGCAGAUGCGCGAUGCGGCCGUAUCUGUGGCGCAACGCUCAAGUGUGGCUCUCAUACCUGCCAGAAGAACUGCCAUCGCCCAGGCGAUUGCGAAGAUACUUUGAAGCCUUGCCAACAGCCAUGUGGAAAGACCAAGACUAUGUGCGGUCAUCCAUGCACGGAACCUUGCCACGCGCCUUAUCCAUGCCCGGAGAAAACUCCUUGUUCCUCCAUGAUCACGGUAACAUGUGGUUGCGGACGACUCCGUCAGGAGCGUCGCUGCAAUGCAGCGAAGGCUGUGGCAUCAAAGGGACAAUUGCAGCAGCCACAAAGACUGCCUGCUGCGACUCCAUUGACAUGUGAUGAUGAAUGUGCGCGGCUCGAGCGGAACCGUUCGCUGGCGUCUGCGUUGGGAGUUGACAUUAACCCGUCAACAACCGUUGCUCAGAAUAUGACAGCCACGAACCUUCCCUACUCAUCUGAAACCCUGGACAUGUAUAUCCAGCUAUCGUCCUCCGCUCCUUUGUCUACCCUCCAAUCAUACGAAUCUACCCUUCACUCAUUAGCGGCCAAUCCAACACAACGUUCUGUACGGUUUCAACCGGCAAAGUCAUCUUUGCGGGCGUUCGUGCAUUCCCUCGCAACUGACUGGGGCUUCGCGAGCGAGAGCUUUGACCCUGAACCUCACCGACACGUGUUUGUUUUGAAACCUACAGUGUGGAACCCUCCUCUUCUUGGGAUGGGCAAUGGAACAGCGAUCGGAGUCGGCGGCAUGAGUGUGAGUGAAUGUGUUAAACUGCGCGAACGCCAGAGACAGAAAGAACGUGAAGCCCAACGCCUUGCAGCGGCGGAAGCAAAGGCCCAACGGGAAGCCGUAAAGGCCCAGGCAAACGCCGCCAACGAGGGUGGAUGGGCUCAGGUUGCCGCUUCACGACGAAGCAACCCCAGCACACGAAGCACGACCCCGAAUCCAGGCACGUCUGCCCGGUCUGGCUCGAUGUUUGCAGCUCUCGCUGGCGAUGAUGGGAGCACAUGGGGCGCUCCCAAAAAGGAAAAACUCGUUCUUCGGUCAGGAGUAGGCGCCGGGAAACAGUUGCGAACCCCACAAGCCGCAACUGAGGUUGUUGAUAGUUGGGAGGAGGAGGAAGAAAAACAAGAGCAGGAAGAGCGUGCUCGGGAGCAGGUACAGGAGCAGGUACAGGUACAGGAACAGGAACAGGAACAGGACGAUGGGCAAGGAAAUGUUCAGAAAGGAACCUCCGAGAUCGAAACUACAGAGACUGGAGAAGCUAUUGCUACUUCUUCAGUGGUGUGAUACCGAGGCGUUUGGGACUAUGAUUAAUGACUGCUUAUGAAUGUUUUCAUCUCUCCUUUUUUCCCUACGGCAUCAUGGAUGUGGUCCCAUAUGAUAAUGGUGAUCAGAUUAGCGUGCAGGAUUCGCAUCAGUGGCGUGUUUAACAAAGCGACUCGGAAGCUUAAUAAAAAAAGUUUGAUAGA